UCAGUUCUCCUUUACUUCUGCAUCACCGACAGUAGAGGAGAGACCACUGCACUGCGCUCUAAAGCCUACUGGACAUCUUUGAACGGACUUUUAGCAGACAGCAACAAUGCGGGUCUCUGCAGGAACAUAGCAGUCUAGAACCCAGCAGGAUUCUGUCAGUGUCAACAGUCAACAUUCUACUCACUAUGGGAUUCUAUGUAGUCUGAUCUUUAUUUUUUACUUUGAAUAUUUUAUUCAUUUUUUUUUGUGUGCUCUUUUUGUUCCUGAUUUUUUUUAUAUCUGAUGUGGUAUGGCUAAUGUUUCUCUGAUGGAUCUGGGAGUUCUACUUUUAAUUGGACUAGCAGCUGUCUUUGCAAAUGGUUCUUCAGCCCCCAGUAAAGAUGUUGUCGAGAGGGAAGAGUUGGAGACCACUGAGAUGAACUUGGUCUCCAGGUCAACCACAGUGGGUGGGGCCAGCAGUGUGGGUGUGGCCAGCGGUGUAGGUGGGGCCAGCAGCAAUGGGUACCGGAACAUCACUGAGGCGCGGCGUAGAGACAAGCGCUGCACGUGUUACAGCUACAGAGACAAGGAGUGUGUCUACUACUGUCACCUGGACAUCAUCUGGAUCAACACACCAGAGCGUACAGUGCCGUACGGUAUGUCCAGCUACAGAAGCUCCCAGCGUGUACGUCGCUCCAGUGAGAGAGGAGGAGGAGGAGGAGGAGGAGGAGGAGGAGGAGGAGGAGGAGGAGGAGGA